AUGCUCGGCUUCGUGGGGUCCGUGCUGGCGCUGUUCGCAUCUGUCCCCCUCCUGGUAUUUGUGGUUGCUCCUAUCUUCAGGUCUGUGAUUGGUGGGCUUAGACUUGCAGCCUUUUCAGCUCCUGCCUCUGCAACAACCUCCUUGUGCUAAACGAGCUUCGACGUGAUGAGGUUAUAUGGCAGAUUUCAAAACUAAAAAUCUCCUUUUGACACCGGUUUAGCUGUUAAAUAUUUCUGUCUUAACACCUGUUUCUUCCUUCACUUACUGUUUUGGCUGUUUUCCCCUACUUUUCGAAAUUUGUCUGUUUUUCACCUAAUCCAUUCAUUUCUUAAAUGCUUUUGUCAUAAACUCCUGUCUUUCCAUUCCCCUGUUGGCUAUUCAGUUUAUUUUCUUAUUUUUGUAUUUCUCUGGUUUUCCUUUAUCUUAGCCUUUAAAUAUGCUUUUUCCGGGGUGAGAUGGGACACAACUGCAGCAAAUAACUUGAUUUUAUGAAAUUCAAGAAGCAGGGUGGGAAGGUGGAAACGUGGCUACCAUGUUCUAACUAAAGUUAAAGUUCAGCAGAUAAGGGACAGGUGGAAAUUAAGUGAAUGCAGAUCUUCCCAUCUCUGAGGUUUACUGACAGGAAAAACUGCUGUAAUUUUAAAAUGUAUUGUGGAGAGGAUUCCUAGUCACAUCCUAAAGUACAAAUGAAAGAGACAGGGUAUCUUUGGGCACUACUUUAUAUAAUUCCCUGAACCAGUUAACUGAUUAGGAGGCUGUCAAAGGUCUUGGAAUAAAAUGAUCCUGUCUUUGUACUUUCCUUGGGUAACUGUUCCUACCCAUUGUGUAAGAUUCCCACAAUCUUCUGUUAGAAAGUUUUUACAAUAAAAGUUUUAAAGAUCCAUGUGGGGGAGGGUCUAAGAACUCAAGGGAUAAAAACCGAAUAAAACUGGAAAAACACUGCUAAUACUAAUUCUACCUUAUAAUAGUAAUAAUAAUUUUAUUAUUUCUAUGUCGCCCAUCUAACUGGGUUGCCCCAGCAACUCUGGGUGGCUCCCAACAGAAUAUUAAAAACAAUAAAACAUCAAACAUUACCCGAGAAUGUUCUAAAACCAACUUAAUUUACCUUUCACUUAGUUGUCUGUUAUGUUUGCGUAGUGUGUGUGUGAAUGUUCUAACACUGUAAAAAAACAAGGACAUAGCUUUCUGGUAGCUGAUAAUAAGGUUUUCUUUGAUCAGGGGAGCCAAUGGGGGGCCGCGGAGGAAGAAAUGGGUUUUCAGCUCAUGCUGAAAGGUGAACUGUGUUGCACCAGGGAAGAACAUUCCACAGCUGUGUGAUAUUUUAUGUUAUGGUGAUAUAGAAAUGCUUUUUAGAAAUAGAAAAUCUGGACUUCCACUGUGAAAGCCAAAGCAGCUUGGACAUUACUCAGUGACUAGAAGGAGUCACCCAGCAGAUCUUAACUGCUGGGCAGAAGAAUACCAAAAGAGGUGCUCCUUCAAAUAACUGAGUCAUAAUUUCAGGGCUCUGUACAUAAGUACUAAAACUUUGAAUUUGCACAGUAGCAUAUAGGCAGCCAGAACAAACUCUUCAGAACCAGUGUUCUAUGAUUCCAAGCAGCUUUAUCCAAACAUUCUGUUCUCUGGCAGUUGCAACUGAUGUAAAAUACAAUCUAAGCUGGAGGCUAACCGAGGUAGGCUGUCACUGUGGCCAGGCUGUCACUGUCCAGGCACAGCUGUAGCUGGCAAACUACCUGAAGCUGGAAAUAGGUGCUCUGUGCCGUUGAUGCUACUUGGGCCUCCAGUGGUAACAUCUGGAUCAAAGAGUACUCCUAAGCUCAUGGGGAGUGUGACCCAGUUCAGAACUGGUCUCUUACAAGGCACUAGAACCACCAGCCCACAGCAUCUCUGUCUUGUUAGGAUUCAGCUUCAGUCAAGAAUCUCGAGGCAAGAAUUGGUAUAAACUUGUUGAACCAAUUCUUGCUUCAAUGUGAUAACUGUGAAGAUUAAAAAUCUCUUUAUAAACAACGAAGAACAAAACCUACCAGGUAUUGGUUGGGCCGUAUUGGUUCCAUGCAACACUGAAUAUGAUGCUAUAUUAGUUCCCAUCCCAUUGGCUGAGUUUUCUGAGUAGAUGUUAUAAAAAGAAGCCUUAUUCACCAGAUGCUCCCCAGCAGCUUUUGUUAAGAAAAUUUCUCCUUAUGGCUUCUUCCUUGAAUAACUCCAGUUCAGUAUAGGCUGGCAUUACUGACUAAUUGCCCCAUAAUUAUUUGGUUUCUGUUCCCAGUAUGUGUAUGUUUUGGGUGUGGGGGGGCAGGGGUCCUAUUAGCUUUUAAAUUAAUUCCAUCCCCCCCCAUAGUGUGAAAUAGCACUAUUUUGUAAUUAAACAAUUAUAGGAAGCAAGUAAUGGAAGCCCCACACUUAACCACUGUGAGGAACAGGAUCCAAUUAAUUGUGUAGAGACAAAGGGGCAAUUUAUCAGUAAUGCCAAGAAGGGAUGGAGGUAAUAAUGCCACACAAAAGCAAGAUGGCAGACCUGUCCCCCUUCACAGUAUCCUAGUGGCAUGGUAUGAUGUGAUCUCAUAGAAUCAUAGAGUUGGAAUAGACCACAAGGGCCAUCGAGUCCAACCCCCUGCCAAGCAGGAAACACCAUCAGAGCAUGUCAGGGAACUGCCAUCAGUGACGGAGGGAGAGAGCAAGCUCCAGAGGGAUCCCAGAGAGCGUCCCGGGAUUGAGAGAGGCAGCCCAUCUUCUGGGGAAGGGAAUCAGCGUAGCUCCAGUGGAGAAGGGGGGCAGAUGGGGGAAUCAGUGAGGCGGUCACAUGACUCCUUGCUGGGGACCAGCGGGGAGAGGAAGGGUCCUCCGCUGCCUACGCCCUCCUUGCGCAGAAGGCUUCGGUGCAGGGAGAGUAGGAGGAGACUGGGCGUCAAAGAGCUUCUUUGCUGGAAAAAGUUUAAGAAACGCCCACUGACGGAUUCUGCCAGCGAUUGAGACAGCCACGGGUGAGUGGCUGUCCGGACAGGAAAGGUUCACUCAGGCAACCCAGCCAGGUGUUGGCACAGGCUUACGCAUGAGCAACCCCUAGAACCAUUACAGAGCACUCCUGACAUAUGGUUGUCAAGCCUCUGCUUAAAGACCUCCAAAGAAGGAGACUCCACCACACUCCUUGGCAGCAAAUUCCAUUGUCGAACAGCUCUUAUUGUCAGGAAGUUCUUCCUAAUGUUUAGGUGGAGUCUUCUUUCUUGUAGUUUGGAUCCAUUGCUCCGUGUCCGCUUCUCUGGAGAUUUCACAUCUCUAAAUGGAAUAUCACAACUAUCUAAGUGAGGCUGAUAAAGUGGGUCUUUCCACCCAACUGAUACCUUCUCAAGGUGGCUAUGGUAUGCUUACAUGGCUCCUGAUGGUGUGGGAUUGUGUCCCAGAGAAGUGAGUUCCAUGUGGCUGUGUAUGUGUGUGUGUUUAGGGUUGCUAAUGUAUAUUGGUCACACACAAGUUAGAAAAAUAAGCGACAGUCCCUCUCCCCGUCAUCAACAGUUAAAGUGUGGCCUGUAGGUGCAAUCAGAAAAGUCUGAUUAGAAAACGGGCCAUUCAAAGCAAAUCUGGAGAGAAAUUGUGAAGAGUGUUUUCUUUACGUCUGCAUAUGAGGGAAGGGUCUGUCAUUCCAAUAGGCACCUGCAGAGCUGUCUAGUAAGCAAUUAUCUUCUUUCUACUUCUGGGCCUUUCUACUUGAGAUAUAAAGGUUGUGGUCUUGCUUCACCUUUUUGUUGUUGUUGUUUUAGAAUGAUGGAGGUGAACUUUUCUCAGAGUCAUUUUCAUAGCGUAGACUUGACUGUGCAUAUUUAACAUGUAAACAAAGUAGCAGUUUGCCACAUUCAUUGAAUCUGUGAUUGACUGAUGUGUCCUUAUUUUUGUAGGAAGUUUAUUGCAGGAGGAGUAUGCAAGUCUGCCGCGAAGCUCAAUGGGAAGGUUGUUGUGAUCACAGGGGCCAACACCGGCAUUGGGAAGGAAACUGCCCGAGACCUUGCAGGAAGAGGCAAGUUGCUUAUCCCCACCCACCAGCAGUUUUCUCCUGUGACAAGCCUUUCACAAGGCAUGCAGGAGGGAUAAUAAAAAGGGCAGUCCUAACCAUGUAUUAAAUUCAAUGGGGCUUACUACCUGGUUUGUGCAAUUAGGCUUGCAGCCUUGAGCACUAUCUGUGCUGAAGAUUUAAUUUGGCCAGAACACCUUGUUCUCAUGUUUUCUGGUGUGAUGUGGGAAGCCUUGGGAGACAAACACAUGAGGCGUUCCCAAAGUAAAGGAAGGAUUGAACUCUGAUUAAUAAGAAUACACACAGAGGCUUGAACCAGCAAGACCCUGGGAAGGGUGCGUAUAAUAAUCUCUCCCUCCACUCCUUGGCCCAGGUCGUUUUAUUCACAAAAGAACUUUUUACAGAGUGUUCGUAAGAACCAAUCAGAUUUCUUCUGAGCAUUUCAACAAACCCCACGUGGGGACAAAGUUAAACUACCAAAACUAAUUAAGCAUGCACUUCUGGGGUAAAUAAAGAACAGAACUACAAAGGAGUGCAUUUGGCAACCCCGGAGGUGAUAAACAAGCAAUAUACAUGAUAAGAAGGAUGGCCUGGAGGACAGCAAUCAUUAUCACCUUCAGGUGAGAUCUGCUUCCUGGCCCCAAAAUUAACAUCCUAAGAUUAACAUAUCAGAAAAGCUACAUCAAAGAAACUGCCCACUGUCUUUGAUGACCCAGGACACCUGCCUGUCUAAGUGUGUGCGUGACUUGUCAAACAAGAGAAAUGGGCAGUAGAGGAAAUGGCUAGAGAUGCAGAGGGUUGUGGGAUUUGAUCAGAAAUUAUUGUCAAUGUAUCCAACCCAGUCAACACAAUGCAUUCAUCGUGGACACAAUGGCUUGAUGCAUAUUUUAUAUUUCCUCAUAGUAAUCCCACCUGACCCCACACUCUGGAUAUUUGCACUCCUACAAACACAGCCUUCCAAGGCUUUAUAACUGGCCCUCGGGACUCUUCCCCAUGCCCUUCACCAGCCCUUGAGGUGAAAUGUGCCCUUCUAUCCUUGAGACACAACACUUGAGACUAUGUAUAUAUUGUAGCCUUCCUUGAUAGAAAAUCAUAGAAUCAUAGAAUCAUAGAGUUGGAAGAGACCACAAGGGCCAUCGAGUCCAACCCCCUGCCAAGCAGGAAACACCAUCAGAGCACUCCUGACAUAUGGUUGUCAAGCCUCUGCUUAAAGACCUCCAAAGAAGGAGACUCCACCACACUCCUUGGCAGCAAAUUCCACUGUCGAACAGCUCUUACUGUCAGGAAGUUCUUCCUAAUGUUUAGGUGGAAUCUUCUUUCUUGUAGUUUGGAUCCAUUGCUCCGUGUCCGCUUCUCUGGAGCAGCAGAAAACAACCUUUCUCCCUCCUCUAUGUGACAUCCUUUUAUAUAUUUGAACAUGGCUAUCAUAUCACCCCUUAACCUCCUCUUCUCCAGGCUAAACAUGCCCAGCUCCCUUAGCCGUUCCUCAUAAGGCAUCGUUUCCAGGCCUUUGACCAUUUUGGUUGCCCUCCUCUGGACACGUUCCAGUUUGUCAGUGUCCUUCUUGAACUGUGGUGCCCAGAACUGGACACAGUACUCCAGGUGAGGUCUGACCAGAGCAGAAUACAGUGGCACUAUUACUUCACUUGAUCUAGAUGCUAUGCUCCUAUUGAUGCAGCCCAGAAUUGCAUUGGCUUUUUUAGCUGCCGCGUCACACUGUUGGCUCAUGUCAAGUUUGUGGUCAACCAAGACUCCUAGAUCCUUUUCACAUGUACUGCUCUCAAGCCAGGUGUCACCCAUCUUGUAUUUGCGCCUCUCAUUUUUUUGCCCAAGUGCAAUACUUUACAUUUCUCCCUGUUAAAAUUCAUCUUGUUUGUUUUGGCCCAGUUCUCUAAUCUGUCAAGGUCGUUUUGAAGUGUGAUCCUGUCCUCUGGGGUGUUAGCCACCCCUCCCAGUUUGGUGUCAUCUGCAAAUUUGAUCAGGAUGCCCUUGAGUCCAUCAUCCAAGUCGUUGAUAAAGAUGUUGAAUAAGACGGGGCCCAAGACAGAACCCUGUGGCACCCCACUAGUCACUCUUCUUCAGGAUGAAGAGGAACCAUUGAUGAGCACCCUUUGGGUUCGGUCAGUCAGCCAGUUACAAAUCCACUGAGUGGUAGCAUAGUCAAGACCACAUUUUACCAGCUUCUUUACAAGAAUAUCAUGAGGCACCUUGUCAAAUGCCUUGCUGAAAUCAAGGUAGGCUACAUCCACUGCGCUCCCUUCAUCUACCAGACUUGUAAUUCUGUCAAAACGAGAUCAGGUUAGUCUGACAUGACUUAUUUUUCAGAAAUCCAUGCUGACUAUUGGUGAUCACAGCAUUCCUUUCUAGGUGCUCACAGACUGUUUGCUUAAUGAUCUGCUCCAGAAUCUUCCCUGGCAUUGAUGUCAGACUGACUGGGCGGUAAUUAUUUGGGUCCUCUCUUUUCCCCUUUUUGAAAAUAGGGACAACAUUUGCCCUCCUCCAGUCUGCCGGGACUUCGCCUGUUCUCCAGGAAUUCUCAAAGAUGACUGCCAGUGGUUCUGAGAUCACAUCUGCCAGUUCUUUUAAUACUCUUGGAUGCAGUUCAUCUGGCCCUGGAGACUUGAAUACAUCUAAACUAGCCAAGUAUUCUUGUACUAUCUCCUUAGUUAUUCUGGGCUGUGUUUCCUUUGCUGAAUCAUUUGCUCCAAAUUCUUCAGGUCGGGCAUUGUUUUCUUUAUCGGAGAAGACUGAGGCAAAGAAGGCAUUGAGGAGUUCAGCCCUUUCUGUGUCCCCUGUUUGCAUUUCACCAUCUUCUCCUCUGAGUGACCCCACUGUUUCUUUGUUCUUCCUUUUGCUACGAACAUACCCAUAAAAGGCUUUUUGUUGCUUUUAACCUCUCUAGCAAGCCUGAGUUCAUUCUGUGCUUUAGCUUUUCUGACUUUGUGUCUACACAUGCUGGCUAUUUGUUUGAAUUCCUCUUUGGUGGUUUCCCCCUUUUCCAUUUUUGUACACAUCCUUUUUUUAAUCUUAACUCAGUUAAAAGUUCUUUAGAUAGCCACCCUGGCUUCUUUAGGCACCUUCCAUGUUUCCGUCUUAUUGGUAUUGCCUGACGUUGUGCUUUUACUAUCUCCCUCUUAACAAACUCCCAGCCAUCAUGAACUCCCUUUCCUUUUAGUAUUACUGUCCAUGGGAUCUCACCCAGCACUUCCCUAAGUUUUAUGAAGUCAGCUUUCUUAAAGUCAAGAAAUUGAGUCCUAGUAUGCUUGGCUGCUCCUUUCCGCUGUAUAGUAAACUUCAGAAGAGCAUGAUCACUCGAGCCUAAUGAUCCUUCCACUUCUACCCCACUAACCAGGUCAUCAACAUUGGUUAGGACCAGAUCUAAAAUGGCUGUUCCUCUUGUUGCUUCUCCCACUUUCUGGACAAUGAAGUUGUCUGCAAGGCCAGUGAGGAAUCUGUUUGACCUUAUGCUCUUGGCUGAGUUUGACAUCCAACAAAUAUCCGGGUAAUUGAAGUCCCCCAUUACUACUAUCUCCCUUCCUUUUGCAUGCUUGGCCAUCUGUUCCAGGAAGGCAUCAUCUAUGUCCUCCGUUUGGCUUGGGGAUCUAUAGUAAACUCCCACAAUGAGGUCACUGUUAUUCUUCUCUCCCUUAAUUUUGACCCAAAUGCUCUCACUUUGGCUUUGAGGUUCUAAAUCUUGGAUCUCUUCACAGGUAUACACAUCCCUGACAUAUAACACCACUCCUCCUCCUUUCUUGUCUGGUCUGUUUCUCUGAAAUAGAUUGUAUCCCCCCCAUUAUUACAUUCCAAUCGUGGGACUUAUCCCACCAGGUUUCAGUGAUGCCUAUUAUGUCAUAUUUAGUUUGCUGUACCAAGAGCUCACGCUCAUCUUGUUUAUUUCCCAUGCUUUGCGCAUUAGUGUACAGACAUUGAAGUCCAUUAAUCAUUCCCCCGUGUCUCUUAUUUAAGGAUUUUUCCUCCCACCACUAGGUCUGCGUGCUGUUUGCUCCAUUUGGUCUAUGACAUUUGGAUGAUCAUCUUCAUCAAUUGAUAGACUCCUACCUUCAGGAGCACUGUCUCCCUCCCCCACAUUAGUCAGUUUAAAGCCCUCCUGAUGAGGUUUCUGAGAUUUUUGGCAAAAACAUUUCUCCCAACCGUUGUGAAUUUUAUCCCUUUUCCAUGAAGCACAACCAGUAUUUAGCUGAGAUCCAGUGUGGGAAGGAAUGGGACUUAACAGCCAUUUUGUGCUUAGUUUAGUUUAGUAAAAUGGUUGCUGUUUGGUUUUAGAGGCUGUUCUGUACAGGAGUGCCAAAGGUUUGGCCUUCAGAUUUGGCAGUAAAGGAGAAAUAGAAACAUAACCAGGAAUUAGCUCUUCCUCUGAUUGACUAGAUGUUAAAAAGUUAAGGGGGACAACCCAGAAACUGAACUGAGGUUACAAAUGGCAAAGUAUUGGCUUUGUGAGGGGGGACGCUAGAAUAGGUAUAGCUGUUUAUUUUUAUUUGCUCUUAUAGGUAACCCCGCCCCCCAUUGUAAAACAAGGCUCCCCUCCUUAAAAUAGUUUGCACAAAAACUGUUUCCUUCACCCUACUAAAGCUGUAAAUUAAUAGUUUGUUUUGGAACAAGUUGGUCCGAAGCCUUCUUAUUCCCUUAUAUUCUGCCUUUCUCAAGGCGACUCACAGCAUAGAUUUGAAUAGAUAUGACAAAGAACAUACAAUAAAUAUAACUAUUAAAAAGCAAGUAAAUAACCCUAUAAAACAACACUGAAAACCAUUAAACACACAUAAAGUACAACACCCACCCUCAGAGGUGCGACUGACUGGCUAGAGAUCUGAACAAAUGGCAUCAUUUUAUUGCUGGUCCUGUUCAACAUAAUAUUGAAAAUCUGUUGCAAUUCUAAGGAUGGGACUUGAGUCAUUUACCUGGAACCUCUUUGAGCCACAUAGUUUCUACUUUCUGUACCCCUUUGUGUUGUUCAUUAAUUCCCUGCUUUUCCUUUUUGCAGGUGCCAAAGUCAUCCUUGCCUGCAGAGAUAUGGCAAAGGCAGAAACAGCAGCCUGUGAAAUUCGGACCACGACAGGGAAUCAGCAGGUUACGGCAAAGAAACUGGACUUGGCAGACACCAAGUCGAUUCGAGAAUUUGCUGAGAAUUUCCUCAAAGGUACGUUUGAGACUCCUUGGUUGUGUUUGCAUGUAAUGCUAAGCCAAAGUAUGGCUUGGCAAGAAUGAACAAGCAUGGAAUAAAAAAUGUGAGCCCUUUGCUCCUUCCCUGGUCCUCCUGCUGCUGUACUAACUAGAGCAAAGCCAUAAUUGUGUUAUGUCCAAACCUGGUUUUGUGGUUUAUUGGCAGCUCUGACUUAUCAAACCGAGAUUAAGAUUCUCACACUCUACUAACUGUUUCAACCCUUAUUUGAAAUCAGUUGCUUUUCUUCAAAUAUUUUGCUUCACUGUGUAUGAUACAUGAGCCCAGCAUAAAAACAUUUCUCUGGUUGUUCAGAGACUUGGAAUCCAGCAGCACAAUCCUAUGCAAGUUAUGUUGAGUCUAAUGGGACUUAACACCCAGGUAAAAAUGUAUAGGAUUUCAGUCUUACCAUGACAUCUGACACUGUAAAACAAGACUGUUAGGUUUGGGGUAAUCAGAAAUUCAGUUUGCCUGUGACUGGAAAUAAAACUUACUAUAUUGCAUCAGGCCACCAUUCAAAGUUAUUGCACAACCUGUCCUCGUACAUGUAGACCCAUGCUCUGAGGCAGUCUGCAAGACUAAUGAAUCAUGGGAGAAACUGCAAAACAGGAGUUAAGCUGACAGCCAUGAGGCAGAACGUGUUGUGCUGUCACUAGGGUUUUAACUUGGUUUUCCUAUUUCAUAGUGUGCCCUGCAUGUGCUUUCUUGUAGAGGAGAAAGAACUCCAUAUCCUCAUUAACAACGCAGGGGUUAUGCUGUGCCCCUACUCCAAGACAGCUGAUGGCUUUGAGAUGCAUCUAGGAGUCAACCACCUGGGUAAGGUCCUGAGGUGUGGGUUGGGUGAAUGGGUUUGCCCUUUUUACAUUAAUAAUGUUUUGGAAUGUUUCUAGUUGGCUAACAGUACUGUCAUAUCUCGCCAGGUCCCAUGCACUACUAAAGAUUAAGUUAAGGUUUGAUUUCCCUCUGGUUGGUUCCAUCACCAACUGUUCCAGGACACACACCCAUUUAGGGUAUCUAGAAAUUUUACCUCUUUGUCAUGACUUGAACAUACAUUUACCCCAUUGUAUGUGUGAUGGGAGCAGAAAUUGCCUGUUAUAAUUACUAAAAUACUUUGUCCCUGAUUUCAUACUCCCAUCACCUUGAGCAUUUUGGUUACACUGUUACAUCCCCAGUCCUAAAUAACUUUUGGGACCUGGUAUUGCCACCCACAGAACUUCUCUGGAGGAAUCUCCGUCUUUGGGGAUUUUUACUUCAUUUGGCUUUGUGUCCUGUUUGUCAUACCGAGUGACAUUCCUGUAACAUUAAAAAGAGUUUUUGCUGCAUCCUGGGUAGAAUUGCAUCCAAAGCUUCCUUCGCCAUUUCUCUUCCAGGGCACUUCCUUUUAACGUUCCUGUUGAUAGACUGCCUGAAGCAGUCUGCACCAGCACGCAUAGUCAAUGUAUCCUCACUGGCUCAUCAUGGUGGGAGGAUUCGCUUCCAUGACCUCCAGGGCGAGAAGUCCUACAAUCGGGGCCUGGCAUACUGUCAUAGCAAACUGGCCAAUAUUCUCUUUACCCGGGAGUUGGCCAGACGACUGCAAGGUGAGCUGGAAGCAUGUAGCGGCCUCUUGUUCAGAAUCUCAUCUUAAAAAGAGCUUAGUGUGACUUUGUAUGGUGGGAAACUGGGAUUGUUUUGGGGAGGAGGGAGGUUUAAAAGAGCGACCUUUGCAGAUGAUGUCUCAGUUUUCUUAAAUAUUUGUUCAAGGAUCUGGACAGACAGUGCAGAUUGUGAGCUGAAAUCAAAGGGAAGACAUACUGCAGCAAUCUAUAGGUGCUCUAUAGUUGCAGUCCUAAGUACACUUGAGUUUUAUUUAUGUACUUGUUUCUUUGUGCAAACAAAUGCACUGUAUAAAAUUCAAGGUGACAGAGCCCUCCAAGGCCAACUGGGAGCUGAUGUUACGUCUGCUCCCUAGCCUGAGUUCUCUCACUUCUGCCUGCCUUCAGAGCACACAGGUCUUCAACAGCCCCAGGAAGGUGGGGGAGAAGCUGCCCAACAUCUCUGUCUGGCUGUUGAUGGUUGUAUCAGAAGCUGAUGCUGUGUGCUUCCUGGCUUGGCCACCCAGAGCUCUCAUAGCUCCCAGUACGUUUCUGAGCACAAUUCAAAGUGUUGGUGCUGACCUUUAAAGCCCUAAACAGCCUCGGUCCAGUAUACCUGAAGGAGCGUCUGCACCUCCAUCGUUCUGCCCGGACACUGAGGUCCAGCGCCGAGGGCCUUCUGGCAGUUCCCUCGCUGCGAGAAGCCAAGUCACAGGGAACCAGGCAGAGGGCCUUCUUGGUAGUGGCGCCCGCCCUGUGGAACGCCCUCACACCAGAUGUCAAAGAGAAAAAUAACUACCAAACUACUUUUAGAAGACAUCUAAAGGCAGCCCUGUUUAGGGAAGCUUUUAAUGUUUAAUAGGUUAUUGUAUUUUAGUGUUUUGUUGGAAGCUGCCCAGAGUGGCUGGGGAAACCCAGCCAGAUGGGCGGGGUAUAAAUAAUAAAUUAUUAUUGUUAUUGCUGUUGUUGGAUUGCAGUCAUAUGGAACACAUUGGACUUAAUCCCAGUCAAUGAUUGAUGGGAUUGAACUGCACCUUCAAAAAGACAGCAGCACAUUUUGGCACCAGGGACUUUUUGGCAAAGGCUCUACCCACUAAAUAGUUCCAAGGAAGUAUACCUUAGGGUUGUACCUGGUGUGUGUGUGUGCUUGUUUGGUUUCAGGAGCAAGCGACAGCCAGUGGCAAUAGAUUGUGUGUCAUAUCAGUACCGUUAAAAGUACCUUUUCAUAUAGACACAUGAGAAAUACUUGUGUUUUCAUUUCCAGGUGCAAACUAAUCUUAUUUGUUCUGUGGCAAUUCAGACAAACAAAAGAAGGGAUCCAUUUGCUUUUUAUGUUGGUUUAUGUGCCUGCUUCCAAAAUGCUUUUCUAAAGCACACAUGAUUCCUCCCUUGUAGGCACUGGCGUCACUGUAAAUGUCCUGCAUCCUGGAACAGUCUCUUCUGAAUUAUCCCGCCAUUCAACUAUAUUAGAUACUGUAUGGAAAAGGUCGUCUUUCUUCUUGAAGACACCGGUGGAAGGAGCCCAAACCAGUGUGUAUUGUGCAGUGGCAGAGGAGCUGGAAUCAGUGAGUGGGAAGUAUUUCAGGUGAGUUGAGGCUGUGGAAGAAUUGGCAUUGGGUUGCAGAGUGGGGAAACAAUGGUUUAAUCCAGAUCUCAAGGAUGUCUUCAGGGCUAAGCAACGGCACGAGGCUUGGGAGAACAGUGUCAACAGAAUGAGUCAGAUUGCAACCAGAACAAGCUGGACUCCUUUUGAGCCACAGAAAAUGCAAAAAAUUACCUGCCAGGGAUGGAUUUUUCUAAUGCCUACAUCUCUUGUAGAGAAGGGAGGGCCCCAGUCUAGCUGUGUGCAUGAUAGUAGACUGCUAGCAGUUAGCAGUAUCAUAUGGGCAGCACCAACUUUCUCUUGGGAAGGGCUGGACGUCCAAAACUGGCACCCUUGCCUAAAUGAAUGGUGAUCUCAGAGCCAUUGUUGACCAUGUGUUCUGCACUACAUCUGUGCUUAACCCAGCUUUGCCCAACCUGGUGCUCUUGAGUUGGUGUUAAGACUCCCAGUUUCCACCAGCCCCAGUCAGCAUAGCGAAUGGUCAGGGAUGCUGGGAGUUGUAGUCUACUAUCAUUUGGAAGGCUGCAGGUUGGGAAAGACUGCUCUAACCAGUGAUGCUGGUAGCGAUCCAUAUUUGGGAGCUAUGUGUACAGCCCUCCCUGCCCUGGGUUCUUAAUGUAGCUGGGGAUAUGUAGCCCAAAGGCAUUUGCUUCAUGCUUGUUAAAUCAGGCUGGCUGAGAAAUUCCAUCAUAGUAUUGGGUAUUAAGGUGUGUGAUGUCUCAGCUCUUCAAAAGGUAGAGGUAGGUUCUAAUGCAGCAUGGAGAUGCUAAGAUACCACUGAGCUGAAUACAUAGCAGCUACACCAACUGUUACAUUUGCAGGAAGUAGAGGCUGCAUUUAGGGAAAGUGCAGGCUGCUAUAAACUUGUGCCAGCAGAUAAGAAGACUCAAGCGAUGGAGACUUGAGCAUGUAUUUUCACAUACCUGCUUCCCUAAACUGCUCCAAUUCAGACUGUAGGUGGGAGCUGACUGUUUUGUUCCCACUCCUCAUAAAAUCACUCCGCACAUAGGGAGAUGAGAAGGGUUCUAACCUGAUGGUUUUGUGUUUUUUCAUAUUUGCUAACCCCAGCUUUCAAUUAUGCCAUCCUGAAUUCCUAAUAGAAACUUUCCUUUAUGUGACAGUGACUGCAAACCAGCAUAUGUAUCUCCUCAAGGACGCAAUGAAGAAACAGCGAAGAAGCUGUGGGACGUCAGCUGUGAACUAUUGGGCAUCCAUUGGGACUGA